GUUUCGAGUGUUUGUCAGGACGAGCAAUGCGACAGCUGUUUGUGCCGGUAACUAAGUUCCCCGUGCCUCUCGAUGAGAAAAUCAAUUUGGAUCGUAUAGGAGUUUAGUGACGGCCAGCGUCGCAUCUUGUUUUCUCGAGGAUUUCACCGACAAGUUGGGAGAGGCGUUAUCGGCUACAAGAAAGUUUUUAGGUGUUCGGUUGGCAACACUCCACGGUGCAUCCUCAAGCCAUUGAGACGCCCACCAGUGCACUUCAGUGUGCAGGCUAAAGACAUCGCCUCAAUGGCAGUGUGAACAGUGCGCCUGAUCAGUCAUAAUGGACAUAUGACAGGUACUUGCUGUACAUGAGACAGAGCAUGUGUACCACUGCAUGUCGCAGUUAGACUUGUGCCGUGUUUCUGGUCAGCGGUGUUUCUAGGAUAGGAUAACGCAUCAGCUUACAUUUUUUAGGUGUUCGGUUGGCAACACUCCACGGUGCACCCUCUAGCCAUUAAGACGACCACCAGUGCAUUUCAGUGUGCAGGCUAAAGACAUCACCUCAAUGGCAGUGUGAACAGUGCGCCUGAUCAGUCAUAAUGGACAUAUGACAGUUUUUAGGUGUUCGGUUGGCAACACUCCACGGUGCAUCCUCAAGCCAUUAAGACGUCCACCAGUGCACUUCAGUGUGCAGGCUUAAGACAUCGCCUCAAUGGCAGUGUGAACAGUGCGCCUGAUCAGUCAUAAUGGACAUAUGACAGGUAUUUGUUGUACAUGAGACAGAGCAUGUGUACCACUGCAUGUCGCAAUUAGACUUGUGCCGUGUUUCUGGUCAGCGGUGUUUCUAGGAUAGGAUAACGCAUCAGCUUACAUAGUUUCCUGUGAAGCAAUGGCGUACGACGACGUGUGGUAUCUCUUGGGACUUGAUGACAAGAAUGUAACUCAGACCGACAUUUCCCUAUGGCUAUCAAACCAGUCCAAUGGGAGCUCUUUCAAGUCCCAAUCCUUCAAACGUGACCAGACAGUAGAGAAUAUAAUAAUCAUCAUCGCAUACAGCAUCUUAAGUCUUAUCUCCUUCUUCGGGAACUCUCUUGUUUGUUAUGUGAUUCUGAAGAACAAACGACUUCACACAGCUACCAACUUCUUCAUUGCAAACCUAGCAAUCUCGGACCUUCUUAUUACCUGCAUUAAUGUCCCAUUCAAUAUUCUCAGACACAUAUUGGAUGAAUGGCCAUUAGGAGAUUUUCUGUGUCACCUUGUGAACUUCUCGUUAAUGGUCUCUGUGUAUGUGUCAACCUAUACCCUGACAGCGAUCGCCAUUGACAGGCAUCGAGUGAUUCUGACUCCUCUAACAAUUCGUAUGUCCAAGCAAUUGGCAAUAACGGUUCUUGUGUUCAUAUGGGUAUUGGCCAUCUGCCUCUCUUUACCAUAUGGCAUCUACACAAGUGUGCAGGAGGUCAAUCUUUUCACAUCAAAGCUUCGACGAUGUCGAUCAUCAUUUCCUGAAUCACUAGAUUCAUUUGAACAGUAUCUUACUGUGGUUACCAUCAUCAUGCAAUACUGCAUCCCGUUGACCUUCAUCGCCUUUGCGUAUGGACGUAUAGUUCGUAAACUAUGGGCAAGAACCCAUGUCGGGGCUGUAACCGAAAAUCAGCACCAAUCUCAGCAACGUGCGAAAAGAAGAAGUAUUAAGCUUUUGAUCGCAGUUGUGAUUGUGUUUGCCUUAUGUUGGCUGCCACUUAUUCUGUACCAUCUUCUGACAGACUUUCAUCCCAAUGCUGAGGUAUUCCACCAUGACAGUAGAGCCUUCUUCAUCUGCCACUGGAUCGCCAUCAGCAGCACGUGUUAUAACCCUUUCGUCUACUGUUGGCUGAACGAGAAUUUCAGAGAGGAAGUGAAAGCUAGAUUCCGAUGGUGUGGAUACCGAGCUUUUAAGAUUUACCCAGGGUGCUCUGAAACAGAUGGCGUUCUGUUGAGGAAUGACCGCCGAGAUCGAAAAAGAGGUCGAGGUAUGCCGAGUAUCACACGGUCAAGUAUUGCAUGCUCAAGUAGAUCGACCAGUGUUAAAAGGGACACUUCCAUAACGCCUGAUGAAAUUGAAAAUUUUUGUCCGUUCAAAUUCAAUGGAUCACCUCCGCGAAUCGACGAGAAAGACACAAUAAAGGAGGAGACGACAGAACUUAUUCCCAAAUGUGACAUUUCUAAUGGAAAGGUGGAGUUGCAUCUGAAGUAAUCGAAACAGUGUUACCAUAGGUCAUGGAGAAAAUCUUACUGUCCACAAUGAUAUUUCUGGAACUGCUAAAGGCCUAGCAGGAUAAAACAACAUUGUCAGUUUGCUAUAAACUUGGAAACAUUUAAUAAUAUUUUGAGAGAAACCAAAUACUGAAAAACAUGUCAGCAUCUAAAUUGUUGUCUUCAACGCUACUGAUAUAUCGUUCCAAACUGUAUCCAAACGGUUUGAGGAAUCCCGUUGUGAUUAAGGAAUUUAACGAGUCCUUCAAUCACCGCACCAGAGUGACCAACAGACACAUGGAAGGAAAUUGAAAUAGCAAAAUCAAUAUAGGUUGUUUGCUUUUGAGAUGUUUCACUAUUUGUAACGAAAUUGCCAAUAUUUCAAUGAUUGCUACAAGAAUUUACCAAGACCAAGGACAAAAUACCAGUCCUUAAUCGUGUGUACAUAGCUUACAAUACUGUUGGAGGACCAUAGUGGAAUGUGAUUCCUUCACUAUCAGUUAACAUUGAACAUUUUCCCAGACGAGGUUCUAAAAUCAGGAGAAAGGCAACCUUGUGACACCAUCGUGAUGUUCUCUGGUGUAAAUACUCCAGUGAGAUGAUGCCAUAUACGACAAUGCCAUUUCUGAAAAAUGCAUAAGAGUAGAACCUCAGUGAGCAGCAGGGAUGCCCAAGUUGUUAAGGCGCUGCAGCUUCAUUUUUACAGGUUUAGAGUUGUAUAACUUUAUUUGCCUAUUAUUUCUGAUAACGUCACAUGGAAUACAGGACCAGAAAAGUUGUAAAAUGACUAAUAUUUUAUUUUCAUAACGCAAACCAUUUGUUGCUGAUGACGCAUUUAGUGUACACACAGAUACAUUGGUUUAGUUAACACACUUUCGAGAAAUUAUUGACUUCAGCUUUACAAUUGGUGAAAAACUCAUAUUUUAAGGUUUGAACCCUUUUAUCAAGUCAAAAAUCAAUGAUUAUCAACGCAUGUUUAAUGGCGGUCCCCACUGGGAUACCAGAGGAGUAAAGAAGUAGCAAAUGCUUAUUGACAAAUGAGUAUCGGGUGGUUACAAAGAGUGUCUGAUUGGCCGAGACAUUACGGAUCGUUGCUCAAGUUAUCAACCACUGGAUUGGUCGGGUAAGACUGUAUUAUUCACAGACCGCCGUGAUGAAGCUGACUAAUACGGGAAUGACCAAUUUCUUAUAUGGGCCUAUACACGCCACUAAAAAAACCGAUUGCGAACAUGUUCUUACAUACUGUACGUACAUUUAAAUGGAUUUGUUGUUGCACGUUAUAAUCGUCACUGCACCAUCUCAUUAUGCACUAAAAUAUAACAACAUUUUUAUGGAUGGAACCAAAGAACAACAAUGCAUUAACUUGAUAAAAUAGUAACAAUAUUUAUCAUUAUAUCUUAUCUUCAGAAUAUAUAAAAAUGACAUUCCAAAUCAGAAUUUUAUCACACAGGUGUGUUUCCUCAGAAAUGGAAUACAGGAUAUGAGUUUUUAAAUGCUAUUUUAUAUGGAGAUAUAUAGUAAGCGGUGAUUAACUGCACACAUCGUGUAGUCAGCAAAACAAAGUCGUUUUUACUGAC